UCAUGUGACGGAGAGAGGCUGACUUCCGGGAUAAGGCGGCUGAGCAGGGUCAUCUCCGGCAGGCAGCGGAGCUUUUCGGUGCUAACCUGAUGAACAACGCGGGCUUCUCACCACCGGCAGCAGAGAUGGCUGAGAUAAACCGUAUCCAGUAUGAGAUGGAGUAUACAGAGGGUAUCAGUCAGAGAAUGAGGGUCCCGGAGAAGCUGAAGGUUGCUACAAGCAAUGCAGAAUCAGACCCCAAAGCAGAUGGUGCCAUUUCUUACCCUGGUGCCAAUAUGCAAGUGCCAGAGAGAAUUGUGGUAACAGGUCAAAGUGAAGAUGGGUCUUUUUCAAGGCCUGCUGAUCUGGAUCUUAUUCAGACCACCCCAUUUGAGCCCUUGUCUCUGAAGACUCCACCGCGGGUCCUGACCCUCAGUGAGAGACCGUUGGACUUCUUGGACUUGGAGAGACCCACUGCGACCACUCCCCAGAAUGAAGAGGGACGUCACAUGGGGCGGCAGAAGAGAGAGAGGUCAGUUAGUGAAAACACUCUACGACACAAUGGGCAGCUGGUCAGAAACGACUCACUCCCGACUCCACCUGCCCCCACAGGCCGCCCGUGCCCUGCUCCCUCGCUCCCUGCAGAUGGAGCAGAUCUUUUCUCUGCCCGUGGCAUUCUGUCGCUCAUCCAGACCUCCACCCGCAGGGCUUAUCAGCAGGUCCUUGAUGUGCUGGAUGACAACCGCAGGCCAGUCUUGCGUGGAGGGUCUUCUGCCUCUGCUCCUGCUCCCCAUCAUGAUAUCACCAGGUAUGCAGUUACAUCAUUAGACUCUACUAUGGAUGGGACUCCAGAUGAUCUGGCUUUAGUGGAUGCAACCUCACUUAGAAGACAGAUUAUCAAGCUGAACAGACGCCUUCUUCUUUUGGAAGAGGAGAACAAGGAACGGGUCAAGCGAGAGAUGGUCAUGUACUCCAUCACAGUGGCCUUUUGGCUCCUUAACAGUUGGUUCUGGUUUAGACGUUAAAAACUCCUAGUCGUCACCUGUGAAGAGCUGGCCAUACAGAGAAACGCAAAGAGUACUACCAAACCUGAAAAAAAACUGUCUUGGAUAAUGCAGACCCAGGUUCAUGGCACAAAUUUUAUUGCCAGAAGCAGAAAUCUAGCUA